AGUUUUCUUAAGUAAUGGGUUAAUAAAUUAUUUCACAAUCGUGCCAACAUCCAAUCAUCGUGCAACUACAUAGUGCAGGAGACAGGUAAAUUUUAAUUAUGACAUAGGUACCUAAGUGUUUUCUCAUAAUGUUAAGGUGCAUUUUGGAUGUAUUAUCAUUUUCCAGGGUAUAAUUAUAGAUUCAAUCCUAUUUUGGACAUAUCAAUGUCAGUAUUCUCAAUUUAAAUUUUUUUUUACAAUUCAGUUUUAAUUCUUGGUCCUCCACGGGGAAAAUGUCUAGUAUUUCCUUUUCAUUGUCUUCAUCUAGAUUAAAAUAUUCGUGCAAAUAUCCUUUAUGCAGUAGUGUGUAUAUUAGUAAUUGCCCAGAAAGUCACAGAAAUCAUAGAUUCUUUAAAUUUCCAUUGAAUUCAUCCUUACAAAAAUCUUGGAGGGAGAUCUGUCAUGUAAGUCCAACUAAAAGUGUCACCAAUUAUCGAGUUUGCUCCAAUCACUUUUCUGGUUCUGAUUUUAAUAACCCGAAUAAUCCUGUGCGACUUAGAUGGGAUGCUGUACCACAUAAGAUUGAAAUGCAAAGUGAUCAUAAUUAUUCAAAGGUCCCUAAUGAAAAAAAAGUCCUAUUUGCAGCACAGUCCCAAAGUGUGUCUCAAGAUGUAUUCAUUGAUGUUGCUCAGAUUGACAGAGAACAUCUUUACUCAGUUAGUAAAGAAGAUCUAAGUUCAUUUCAAGAGCAAAAAUCCUUAAAAAUCAUGGUUCCAAAUCUUACAGGUUCUAAUUUACCAAACAUCUCUUUAGACACUGUGAAUCUGGAUAAUACUCCCAUAUCGUCCAGCUCUGAUUUCUCCAGUUUGAAAACUAAGAGAGACCAUAGUGACAAAUACUCUUUUCUUCUUGAGAAAAAGAGGGGCAUUCUUGCCAAGGCAGGACUGUCUAAGGAUAAUCUUACAAAUGAGCAAGAAAUUAUGUAUAAUGUACAUAAGUCUGUGAUGUGUAAGUUAUCUAAGCUUAAGUUUCUUCUCAAGAAUGAAAGAGCUCAUGUUGCAUCUCUAAAAUCGCUAUAUAAUGAUGGUAGGUUCCAGUUUAUUGAGGAAAAUAUUAAUGAGGUAACAAAGGACUUUAUAAACUGCCAAAUUUUAAAUGCAAACCGUCCUCCUUCUGGUCGUAGAUGGUCUUUUAAGGAUAAAGCUUUUUCCCUCUUCAUCUUUAAACGUAGUCCCAGACUGUACAAGUAUUUAAGACAUUUUUUUUCAAUUACCAUCACCUCGUACUCUUCAAUCGAUACUUUCUAAUAUUCCCUUUGAAUGUGGACACAUUAAGCCUAUUCUUGAACAUGUUAAGUUGCAGGCAGAGUCUAUGAGUGACCUAGACCGCUGCUGUGCUCUCAUGUUUGAUGAAAUUUCCUUAACUUCUGGGCUUUUUUAUGAAAAAUCUAAGCAAAGAAUCUCUGGUUUUGAGGAUUUGUGUGAGCUUGGCAGGACCCGUAAUCCGGCAAAUCAUGCUUUGGUUUUUAUGGUAAGGGGCCUAAGAAAACCUUACAAGAUGCCUGUUUCUGGUUUUUUUACUAAAGACACUAUUAAAACUGAGGCUUUAAAAAAACUUAUAUUAUCUUGUAUAAAAGAUUUACAAUUAAUUGGUUUGAAAGU